AUGGGUUGCAAUGUGACUUUCCACCUUUCUUACAAAUUCCGGUUACCGUUGCUUCUUACCUUAUGCCUGACGGUGGUUGGGUGGGCCACCAGGAACUACUUUGUAGCUCCUCUUCAAGAGAUUCCUAAAGCAAAGGAUUUCAUGGCUAAUUUCAACAACCCUCUCGUUUUGGAGAAGAAACAAACUCUGACCAAUGAAGCAUCCACGACAACUGCAAACCUUGACAACUGCCCUUCCAUGUCUCCAUACCUCAGAGGCCAGAACAAGCUCUUUUUCAAACCGGAUCUCACUCUGGAAGAAGUGCAGGCAGAAAACUCCAACGUGCGCAGAGGACGCUAUCACCCCGAGGAAUGCAGGGCUCUGCAGCGGGUCGCCAUCCUCAUUCCACACCGGAACAGGGAGAAGCACCUGAUGUACCUGCUGGAACACCUUCAUCCCUUUUUGCAUCGGCAGCAGCUGGAGUACGGCAUCUAUGUCAUCCACCAGGCUGGAAGUAAAAAGUUUAAUCGAGCCAAACUCUUGAAUGUGGGCUAUCUAGAAGCUCUCAAGGAUGAAAACUGGGACUGCUUUAUAUUCCACGAUGUGGAUCUGGUGCCGGAGAAUGACCUGAACCUUUACAAGUGUGAGGAUCAGCCCAAGCAUCUGGUGGUUGGCAGGAACAGUACUGGAUACAGGUUACGUUACAGCGGAUAUUUUGGGGGCGUUACUGCCCUAAGCAGAGAACAAUUUUUCAAGGUGAAGGGAUUCUCUAACAACUACUGGGGAUGGGGAGGCGAAGACGAUGACCUCAGACUCAGGGUUGAGCUUCAUAGAAUGAAAAUAAUCCGGCCAAUGCCUGAAGUGGGUAAAUACACGAUGAUCUUCCAUACCAGAGACCAAGGCAAUGAAGUGAACACAGAGCGGAUGAAGCUCUUACAUCAAGUGUUACGAGUCUGGAGAACAGAUGGGUUGACCAGUUGUGUUUAUAAAUUACUCUGUGUGGAUUAUAAUCCUCUGUAUAUCAACAUCACAGUGGAUUUCUGGUCUGGCCGAUGA